UUUUCUUUUAACCAUCCAAACAUAUAAACAUAUAUAUUUUUUUUCUAUAACAUGUCCAGUUUUUAUGAUCGUUCUCGAUCUCCUGUAAAAAGAUCAAGCGGGGAAAAUGAUAAAUACAGUCGUCAUGAACGAGAUUAUGACAGACGAGAUAGUCGACGUUAUGACGACUAUAGACACAGUCGAUCGAGAAGAGAUGAUGAUGACAAUAGACAUUAUAGGAAUGACAAACAGUAUGACGAUAAAUACCGUGAUGAUAAGUAUCGUGAUGAUAAAUAUCGAGAUAAUAAGCAUCGUCAUCGUCAAGAAGAAGUAAGUUAUAAAGACGACAAUCAUGCUAAAGAGGAAGAGAAUUCCAAAACGGCAUCUCCUAGUUUAUCAACAACAAAUGAGACGAAAAAACGAGUGCCCAUUUCAAUUGAAGAACUUAUUCAAAAAAAGAAUGAAGAAAAGAAAUUGACUGAAAAACCCAAGUUUUUAACAAAAGAAGAACGUGCAAAACAAGCAUUGGAAAAACGACAAAAGGAGGUAGAAGCCCAAAGACAAAAACAAGAAGAGGAAAGGAAGAAAAGAGAAAAGUUUGAUAUGGCAGCUGAAGAUGAAUAUAGACGUGAAUAUCGAUCAUCUCGUUAUGAUAAAAGAGAACGUGUUAGAAGAGAUGAUACUGAUUUUGAAGAUGAAAGUGCAGCAUUGACAGAAAAAGAAAAACAAGCCAUUAGGGAACGUUACUUUGGUGGUGAACGUAAGAAAAGAAAAAUUCGUAGAAUGAAUGAACGUAAAUUUGUGUUUGAUUGGGACGCAGGAGAAGAUACUUCUUAUGACUUUAAUCCAUUAUAUUCAAAUAAACAUACAGCACAAAUGUUUGGACGUGGUCAUAUUGCUGGUAUUGAUAUCAAAGAACAAAAAAAACGGCAAUCCGAAUUUUAUGAUCGACUUUUGAAAGAGCGUAGAACAAGCGAAGAACUAGAGAGAGCCAACGUUCUUAAGCAAAUAUCUAUAAAUAAAGAAGCAAAGACGAAAUGGGAUGAACGACAUUGGACUGAAAAGCCUUUAGAACAAAUGAAAGACAGAGACUGGCGUAUUUUCAAAGAAGAUUUCAAUAUUUCUACUAAAGGUGGUAAUAUUCCUCAUCCUCUUCGUUCAUGGGAUGAGUCAGGUAUUCCUGAAAACAUCUUAAAAAUUAUCAAAUCUAUUGGCUAUAAGGAACCCACACCUAUUCAACGACAAGCAAUUCCUAUUGGUCUUCAAAACAGAGACAUUAUUGGUAUUGCACAGACAGGUUCUGGUAAAACUGCAUCAUUUGUUAUUCCAUUACUUGCAUAUUUAUCUGAUCUACCAAAAAUCAGCGAAGAGAACAUGGCAGAAGGUCCUUAUGCAAUUAUUAUGGCCCCUACUCGUGAAUUGGCACAACAGAUUGAACAAGAAACACUCAAGUUUUGUACUCCUUUAGGCUAUAACUGUGUAUCCAUUAUUGGUGGUCACGCUAUUCAAGAGCAAUCAUUUAGUCUACGUAAUGGUGCAGAAAUUAUUAUUGCUACACCAGGUCGUUUAAGGGAUUGUUUAGAUAAAAGAAUACUUGUGUUGAAUCAGUGUACCUAUGUGGUCAUGGAUGAAGCUGAUCGUAUGAUUGAUAUGGGUAUGGAAGCAGAUAUGAAUAUUAUUUUAGAUGCUUUACCAGUAACCAAUAUGAAGCCUGAUGAUGAACAAGAAGAAAAGUCAGAUAUUAGUUUACCAACAGGGCGUAAAUACCGACAAACAGUUAUGUUUUCAGCUACUAUGCCAUCUGCUGUGGAACGCUUAGCCAAGAAGUAUUUGCGUAGAGAGGCAGUUGUGACAAUUGGUCAAGCAGGACAAGCUACUGAGACAGUUGAACAACGUGUUGAAAUGAUUAAUGAUGAAUCUAGAAAGACGAACCGACUUAUGGAGAUUCUCAACUCUGAGAGCUUUAAACCACCCAUUAUUGUCUUUGUUAAUCAAAGACGUGAAGUUGAUGUUCUAUCUAAAGCUAUCAAUAAAGCUGGAUAUCAUGCUGUUACUCUUCAUGGUGGUAAAUCUCAGGAACAAAGAGAAGCAGCACUUGCCAAAUUAAAAGAUGGUGCAGCAGAUAUAUUAGUAGCUACCAAUGUUGCUGGUCGUGGUAUUGAUAUUAAGAAUGUGUCUCUUGUCGUUAAUUAUGAUAUGGCUAAAUCAAUUGAAGAUUACACUCAUCGUAUUGGUCGUACGGGUCGUGCUGGCAAGUUUGGUGUGGCUAUUACCUUCUUAUCUAAUAAAGAUAGUGAAGUUAUGUAUGAUCUUAAACAAAUGCUUGCUAAAUCAAAUCUUUCAAAGGUACCACAUGAAUUAGCUAUUCAUCCAGAUGCUCAAACCAAACCUGGUACUAUAAAGACUAAAAAGAAACAUGAAGAGACUCUUUAUCAAUCUUAAAAUGUUAUAUACAUUAUUUUU